AUGAACUUGGCCUAUAAAGAAGACUUGGAUGUUGCAAGCAUUAAAAAUUCAGAUAUAGACUCCGUUGGAACAAUCACACGGAGUGAAUAUAUAGAGAAUGAGUUUGAAAUGAAAGGAAAUUUAGUAGAUUAUAUUAACACGUAUCUAAAUGCUAUAAAUAUGAAAGAUAUAGCCCUUCUAAAAAGCGUUCAUGACGAAUUGUAUAGCUAUAUAAAUCAGAAAAAAGAUUCUGGAAAAGUUUUUAAGAACAUUAUUGAAGAUGAAACAAAAUUUACUGUUAACUUUGUUGAUUUCUUUAAUAUCAUUGAUGAAUUAUCCACACAAUAUCCAGACUCGAUAGAAUACACCGUAUUCUUCCUUAAUUUAAUAUUGGUAAAUUCCCCAAAGUUAUUAGAAGAACUAUUUUGCUCCAACGUAAUCGGAUUCAUGAAACAUCUAAUGGACAUUUCAAAAGGAAGUCAGCACAUGAUUUUUCGAUUUUUAGGUAAUAUGCUAAAUAUUUAUAGUAGUUCUCAUAAAGAUAUAAAGACAAUGUUCCUAAAUUUCGACACAGUAAGUGCCUGCGGUGCAAUUCUCUUAGCUCCUCAAAAUUCCGACCAAAUUUUAAGCGUUUUACACUUUUAUAACAAUAUUGUUCAGUGUUUUUGCGCUUCCAAGAAACAACUAAUGUCAUAUAUCUUUCAGCAAGCUAUUUCAUUUUUAAAUUCAGAAAAUCCAGAAUUUAUUUGGAGAAUUUCAAAUAUUAUCAAAAUUAAUUUCAUCCAAGAAAGUGUUAAUCCUGCCAUCAUUCAAAUCAUGGAAGAAUUCAAUGUUUUAUUAACAUUAAAACAUAUUUUUAAAUAUAGUUCUGAUAAUAAAUCAAUUGCAAGCAUUGUUGAAGUUUUAGUUGUUUUAUUGCCGCAAGGAUAUAUUGAUAGUUUCAAAGAAGAGAUUGAAGAAGAAAUCAUGGAAAGAUUAAACAAAUAUGAGUUGGAACAGAAGAUUCUAUUAGUUUACUAUUCAUUUUUAACAGUAAAUUACAAUACAAUGUCUGAACAAGACUUCUUGCAUAGAUAUUCAUCUGUUUAUAUAGAUCAUAUGAAUUUUUAUGUUGAUAAGUUCAUAUCAUCAAAAAUAGAUUUCAAACUAACAAUAUGCAAGGUAAUACUAACAUUUGUAUCCAAGUUUAAUCAAGAUAUGUUAAGUACAUUUGAAACUCCAGAAUUCUUUGGAAUUUUGAUGGAAAUGUUAGACCAAGAAGAUACAGUCAAAGCAGAUGUCCUUAAUGUGAUAUCCAGAUUCUUUGAAUUUGCACAAUUAGAUCCACAAAAAGAUUUAAUGAAAUUAAUUGAUGAUCCUGAAGAUUUUGAGGAGUCUGUUAGAGAAUUAGCACAUAAUGAUGAUGAUAUUAUAGCUUCAUCUGCAAAAUUGCUAGAAACUCUUUUAGAUCAAAUUUAUAAUUCAAAUGAAUAA